AUGUUCAAGAGGUAUUUCAUAUUUCUGGUAAUAUCCAUAUUUAGCAUAGCCCUAGUUGUAUACAAAAGAGUAAAGCAUGAAAGCGUGAGCGGGGAAUACUAUAAUGGGGGAGGAAAUAUCGGUCGUGCAGGAGGCAGGCCUCCAUGGAGGGCCACGGAUGAGUGCAGCUUGAAUGGAGAAUUCUGCACCGUGGAUUACAGCGAUAUUGGCACCGAACAGGAUGAAUACAAAAUUGUACAUUAUAAAGGAACACGGAUUCACAAAGUGAAGAAAGGACUGAAGCAAAUUUUCCAACCCUUCUUAAAAAAAAUGAAACGUGAAAAGAAUAGCAAGCAUAUAAUUUCCUUAUUUUUAGAGUUCUUUGAAAAUUCAAAAGUUUUUUUAACUGUCUCUUUGCGCUCAAGUUAUCAUAUUCUUUACGCCUACGGAAUACUGUUAAUAUCUUUCCUCAAGAUUCUAUUCUUAUGGUAUAUAAUUUUAGAGCCAUAUUUACAGUGGCUCCUUCUGAGGCUAAAAAUAAUGUAUAUAAAUUUGGACUACAAAACGAAGAAGUACGUUAUUACCAUGCUGUGCGCCUUUUUAAGUGUUCUUUAUCUGAUUUAUUCUGGAGUUAUAAAAUAUAUUUUAAAUAAGAUUUCCAAGUUUUACAUAUAUUUGCUGAAGAAAGUGUUCAGAAUUAAUAAAUUUUUGUUCACUAUAUUGCCGUAUCUGUUGAGCUCCCUGUUGUACGUCACUUUGGUGAAGACCCUACCGAUGUCGUUCAUUUCGUUUUUUAUCUAUUCGAUUUUUUUCCCCCUGCCUUCCAUCUACUCUGUUAUUAUCAUUUUGAAAUAUGUAUACCCGUCUAAAAUUAGUGAAUACCUUGUUGACAGCGUUACAGAGAAGUUGAAUUCUUCCAAAUAUAUUAAUGCCAUGAGUCAGUAUGUCGUCCUGAGGGAUGGCGAGCUGGAGGAAGAAGACCAAGUUGAAAAGGCAGACGAACGUGAAGAAGCAAAUGAAGAAGAAAAAGCGCAUGAAGGAGAAAAAACGAAUGAAGAAGAAAAAGCGAAUGAAGAAGAAAAAGAGAAUAAAGUUGAGGUUGAAAAAACGGAUGACGUUAAACAAACGGAUGAAGCUGAAAAAACAGGUGAAGUUGAUAAAACGGGUGAAAGUGAAAAAGCAGGUGAAGGCGAAAAAGUGAAUGAAAUUGAGAAAGAAAAUGAUCACACAACAACCGAGCUCAAAACGGACGAGCUUAAAGAUGACCACCCCGACGUCUCCAAGAAGAAAAAGUUCUCCCUCAUCAGCCUGGAAAAUUUUGUCUUUAACUUCAGAAAGAAGGACCGAAGCGGAAAAUCGGUUGAAAACGAAAACCAAAACGGCGGGGCGAUGGGAGACCCACCCACAAGCAGCCGCAAACAAAGCAGCAUUUGCGAAUCCGUAGGAGAACUUAAAGCGGAGGAAGAAAACCGGGACUCGUACUAUGAUGUGCCCAUUUUACUAGAAUAUUGGCUCUUUAUAAACAUUUUAAAAUUUUUAAACUUUUUUUUCUUUUUCCGCAAUUAUAACAAAACCUCGUUCAUGUUCGAGUAUUUUACCCUGUUCGUAAUAUGCCUGAACGUUAGCGAAAAGUUGCACGAAUUUGUCUUCCUAAAAGAUUACAAAUCAUCCAUCCUGGUUCGCUUCUUGAAGAGUGUGUUAGUAAGUACAGUCGAUUUUGUCUUAUACACCUUAUUCAACGUCAGACUGGAAAACGAAGAAAAGAAGGGGAAAAAAAAUGCAGAGGCAGACAUGCAAUAUAACGAGAGAAGCAAUAUACUAAUUAAUCUAUCAAAAAUAGUAAAGGAUAAGUUGAAGUUAAACGAAACAGUUAAAUUCAGCCUUACCUGUGUCAAGUCAGUCAUUAUGGAAAAUGUGGUUGAAAGUGUUCAGGUGCCAUUUUAUAUAAAAAUUUUUAUUAACCUCUUAAUAUACAUGCCGCAGCUGAUCCUUUUAAUUUUCCCGUCCUUUAUCCUUAAAAUAUAUUUUGCUUAUUUCUUUUUUAUUUUCCCAAUAUUUGGAUCUCUCAAAUGUUUAGAAGAAAAAAAUUCAAUACAUAACAAAAUUUACUUCAUAUGUUAUUUUUUCUUUUACAACAUUGCCGCAGUCACUGUAAACCAUGCCUUUUUCAAGUGUUUGCCUUUUUACAAUUUAUACAAAAUUAUAAUUACCAUAUCUGUUCAAACUCUUCUUAAAUAUAUUUUUAAUGUCAUCAAGGUGAAGAGUUAA